CUGAAGUUGUAGGCAAACAGUUUGCUGACUGCCUUGAAGUAAUGGCACAGUUUGUUGAUUUCAAUUUCAGCUAAACCCCCUGACUAACCAAACGGUGAAAUGUCAGCACAUAAUUUGAAGUGAGAUGUGGGGCAUGUGAGCUGACCGAACAACGGAAAGAUGCCAGAUGUAGAAUUGCUGAAGUUCCCGUCAAGGGAGGGGGCGUCCAGUUUACAAGAUCAGGAAGACCGUCAGAUGGUGUGCCCCAGUAGGCGUCGCAGUUGCGCCUUGGUUAACACUCCAUCGCCAUGCGUAAACAAAGCCGUCUGCCAUAUCCAAGAACUGAAAAGGAAGUUGGAGAGUUGGUGGCAGCUGCACCCCAGGUCAGACGGUAAACAUCUGAACAGCCACAUGCUUGGGCUGAGGGCUGAAGAUGGACAGGAUGAUGGCCUUCCAAAAGAUCUUUGUAUCGAAGGCAUUGGACUUUUUCUUGGAGUAGAUACUGCUGGCGCCGGUAUGAACUCUUUGCGAAAAGAGACCAUGGAUGUCCUGAUGGAGGUGGCAUACCUUAUCAACAGACUGGAAGCUGAUCGGCAGGAUGCUAAGGAGGCUCUCCAGAGAGAGAGGCAGACAAAUGAAAGACUUGGUAGUAAAAUGGACAGCCUUGCAGUCUGGAGACAGCAGGAAUUUCCUGCAGUGGUUCAGAGGGAGCAUGAGAAUUCCAUGCGUGACAUCAGUGAGCUAAUGUGGCACGUGACAAGAAAAAAGCAAACACUGGAGAAGGUAAAAGAGAGAGUGAUCCACACCGAAGUGCUCCACCAGAGACUUGUCCAGGACAUCGACUUUGUGAAGAAGCACGGCCCUCUUGUCAAAGAGAAGCUUGUGAUGGAAAGCGAGAUCAUGAUGAAGAUCAAGUCUGCUCAGAUUGAGGCUGAUGACGUAUUUGCAAAGACCACUGAAAGUUUGAAACAGUGUGAGGGCGCGAUGAAGAAAGAAGAUGAUGACAUACAGAAGGAAAAGAUUGAGCUAUCACAUGAGUUGUCCAGAUUCCACCUUUAUCUGAAGGAACGAAGGGAUGAGUUCGAAGAUCUUAAGGCAGUUGAGGCUGGGUUUAAGGUGAAGAUCAAGGAGACUGAGGAAAUUGUUACAAAAAUAGCAGGUGUUUGCAACAAAAUAUUUCAGCGCAUCCCAGCACUGGAGGAGGAAGAAAAGACCUUAAAAGAUGAGGUUGAGAAGCUGAAGUUUGAAAUAGAGAAGGAAGCUGCUGAAAUUGCCGCUCUUCAGAGAUGCAUAUCAGACCUCCAAAAACAAAUCACAGACACCUCUCUUGCAGGGGAGAGCAAGGUGGCUGAGUUAGAGGAGGAUGUUCGCCAAAGAAGAAAGGAGCUGAUGGCCGUACAGGAAGAAACAAAGGAACAGGAGCUGGAGAUUGAAGACUACACCAAAAAAAUCGGCCAAAAUGAGCAGGCCAUAAAGCAGCUGCAGGUGGACAUGAAGCGCCUCCUGCUGAAGAUCAACCAGAAUGAGAAGCUGAGGGAGAAAAUCCAGGAGGACCUCACUGAGGUCAUGGGGCUCCACUGCGCUACCAAGACUAAGCUGGAGGACCUGGAACAGACAACCUUCUUAGAGGAGCAAAAGAACAAGAAACUGUCAGAGAAUGUGAAGAAGAAGAUAAUGGUUGAAAUGAAAGCGAUCGCAAUCCUCAAGGGCAACAUAUCCACAGCCAAAGAAGAGUACAAUAACGAGAAGGCAAAGACAGACAAGGAGAUGGAGGAGCUUCAGGGAGAGUUUGAGAAAGCUGCCUCUACCACCACUCAUCUGGAAUUGGAGGUCAAGGAGCUGACGCAGAUAUACCAAGACAAAACAGAGGAAACUGAGAAACUGAAGAUUGAUCUGGCAAACAUCAAGGCGAUACAGCAGAAUUGCUCCGAUGAAAUGAAACAGAAGCGUGAUGAGAAACUCAAAAGUCUAAAUGAAGUGAAGGAAUUGCACAGUAAUGUUUCUGUAAGAUAUGAGGAUGCUAAGGCUAGGAUCCAAGACCUGCGUUCGAUAUCCAUUGAGUACAGAGAAGAGUCAGACAUGAUGGAGCGGACUGCCAAAGUUUUGCCGGCCCUCAUUGAGGAGUUACAGAGUAUCUGUGAUGGUGUUCAGUACAAGCACGAGAGGGCCCUGGCCUUCAUGGGUGGCUUACGGCAGGACAUCACAGAGUGUGAGACCAGGACACUGGAGGUGAUGGAGGCACACAAUGCUCAUCUGAAGGAAAGACGAGCCUUCAUGCACGAAACUAAGGCCCACCUGAGGGAAGCACUACAGGAGAAUGUGAGGUUGGCACAUGAGUACCGUGACCUACAGAAAGCUCUGAUGAAUGCCAAGCGGGAGGCUGUGUUCAUCUUUGACCAGAAGAACCGGGCGGAAGUAUCGUUCCAAGACCGCAAACAGCUUUCUUUGUUGCAGAAGAGGAUGCACAAAGCCAUGGUGAAAUACUUCAACCACCGCAGCCUCCACAGUCAAGCUGAACUGGCCUAUUUCCAGACUCUCUCUAAUGCGUACAACCAGAAAAUAACAACCGUGCAGGAGGAGUUGUCAGAGGCAAUUCAACGCCUCUCAGCUUUCCUGCACUCACUGACAGAUGACUCAACUGCCACUGGCGACGACGACGCAAACAAACAAUCCAGCCUGGACGCCAAUGGAUUGAGCGGCGAGAUGCCUGCAGUUCAGAUAGCGGUGUAAUUGGAACCUCACCUGUGCCAGACAACUCACUUACUCCACCAUCCUCGACUCGCUCCACACACCACCCCUGGUACCCCCCACCAUCAACCCCCUCCACCUCCCACCUCCCACGCCACCCCACACACACACCUCUCUAACCAGCAGCAAAUCCAUAACAAUGAAACAGGUGACUUUCAUGCUGCUGUCAGGAAUGAUCUAAUUUUAGCUGGGUGAAUGAUUGCAAUUGGCUUUGCCUCAUCAGAUAAUUAAUCUAUGUCACCAUUAAUUGGAAAAGAGAAUAAUUACAGGCCAUGUUGACAGAAAUUCUACGCUCCUCCACAUCUCGAGAUCUAAUUACACCUGCUAAAGCCUGGUGACCUCAAGUAGCGGUUAGUGUACCUCCAUAACCCUAAGAGUACUAUGAGUUCUCUGCCUGGCCAACAACCCCGGUGCCUACCACUCGUCUUUUUCAGCGGUUUUGUUUAUGCCCGGCUCCCUCGUCUCCUCCGAGAGCUGUCUCCCUCAAUCACUUUUCAAUAUUCAAUCUUAAUUUUGUGGAAGUUUAGCAUUUUCAAUGAGCUGGAGAUGAAUGAUUAAUGAAUAAAUUUAAAUGCUUCAUUUUG